GGAAUCAGCUGGCAGGGCUGGGAGGUUGAACUUGAGCUUGUUUGGGAGUCUCAGUGAGUGGGUGACAGGUCGCUCUUGACGGGGAAGUUUGUUCCAGCAAUUCGGGAUUGGGGGGACCAUGCUGAGAGAGAGGAGGGCAGAGCUGUGCUCGGGGCUGCUCCCCAGGACCUGAGCUGGAACCCAGAGUUUUCAGCCCCCUCGAUGCUGCCGGGAGUUUCGAGCUGGGGCCAGGCCGGCGCCAGGCACAGACACUUCAGCCCUUGUUGGGAGAACAGAGAGAGGCUCUCUUGUCCACGGCCAGUCCUCCGCCUCCAACUGCUGCUCCUCUCAGCAGCCUCUCCUCAGGCCGGUGCAGCACCCACCCUAUCACUGUUACGAAAUGGACUCUGGUCCUAGCCCAGGUGGGACCCCCAGUCCACAGCCCUCAAGGGCCAAUGGAAACAUCAAUCUGGGGCCUUCAGCCAACCCAAAUGCCCGGCCCACUGACUUCGACUUCCUCAAAGUCAUCGGCAAAGGGAACUAUGGGAAGGUCCUACUGGCCAAGCGCAAGUCCGACGGGAUGUUCUACGCGGUGAAGGUGCUGCAGAAAAAAUCCAUCUUAAAGAAUAAAGAGCAGAACCACAUCAUGGCGGAGCGCAACGUGCUUCUGAAGAACGUGCGGCACCCCUUCCUCGUGGGCCUGCGCUACUCCUUCCAGACCCCCGAGAAACUCUACUUUGUGCUCGACUACGUCAAUGGAGGAGAGCUCUUCUUCCACCUGCAGCGGGAGCGCAGGUUCCUGGAGCCCCGAGCCCGGUUCUACGCCGCCGAGGUGGCCAGCGCCAUCGGCUACCUGCACUCCCUCAACAUCAUCUACAGGGACUUGAAACCAGAGAACAUUCUCUUGGACUGCCAGGGACAUGUGGUCCUGACAGAUUUUGGCCUCUGCAAGGAAGGCGUAGAGCCGGAGAAGACCACGUCCACGUUCUGUGGCACCCCCGAGUACUUGGCUCCAGAAGUGCUUCGUAAAGAGCCUUACGAUCGGGCGGUGGACUGGUGGUGUUUGGGGGCCGUUCUCUACGAGAUGCUGCACGGCCUGCCACCCUUCUACAGCCGAGACAUAUCCCAGAUGUAUGAGAACAUUCUGCACCAGCCACUGCAGAUCCCUGGGGGCCGGACGGUGGCCGCCUGUGACCUCCUGCAAGCCCUUCUCCACAAGGACCAGAGGCAGCGGCUAGGCUCCAAAGCAGACUUUCUGGAGAUAAAGAACCACGUAUUCUUCAGCCCCAUAAACUGGGAUGACUUGUACCACAAGAGGCUGACACCACCCUUCAACCCAAAUGUGGCAGGACCUGCUGACUUGAAAAACUUUGACCCAGAGUUCACUCAGGAAGCCGUGUCCAAGUCCAUUGGCUGCACUCCGGACACUGUGGCCAGCAGCUCUGGGGCCUCAAGUGCAUUCCUGGGAUUUUCCUAUGCGCCAGAGGAUGAUGCCACCUUGGACUGCUAGAUGUCCCUGUGACACCACUGAAGACAGCUGGAUCUGUAAGGAACUGCCUUCAGCUGCUAGGAACAGAGACUCAAAGGAACAAUGGCUUAAAUAAGAUUCCCCCCCACCCCCCAGCACAUAAAGAAUUGUGUUCGGUGGCCUGGGGCUGGUACCAUAGGUCAUCAGAUACUCAGAGGCUAUAUUUAUAGUUGGCUCUGCCAUCCUUGGCAAAUGGCUUCAACAUUAGUUGCUACAUUAUUGUAGGGUGGUUACCGGAGCUCUAGCCGUUGUUUUUGUGUUCUGGGCAGGAAAAGAAAGGAGGAAAGGAGGGAAGAGCAAAAGGGCACUUACAGUUUUCCAGAAGCCCCACCCAAUGCCUCUGCUCAUUAGCCACCCACGCCCACCUGCAAUGGAGGCUGGGAUAUGGGACUUAUUAGCUGGCACAUUAUUACCCCUAAUAACACAGGUGUUCUGACACUAAGGGAGGAAGAGGAAAAUGUUGAGUAGGCAACCAGCAGGCCUCUUGGUGUUUAGAUUUUUAUCUCAAAAUGUGAAAUGAGAGAUGUGACAAGCCUAUAGGGUAUCACCCAAUAUCCUCUCUUAUUUUUCUAUGUUGAUGGUAUCUCCCUUUGUUGCGGGUAGUAUUGGACAUUUGUUAUUAGGUCUAUCUGCCUGGCAUCUGAACUCCUCCCUCUACUCAAGAAAUCUACUUUAUGAGUCUGGGUGAGGGACCAUGACUACUUCCAAUGACGGUAGCUGAUGAUGGCAGCUGAAAUUCUAUAGUGACUUUCCCAGCCUCCCUUGCAGCCAGGGAUGCACCUGUGCCAGAUUUUGACUCAAAGAAGGGACUGGAAGCUCUUUCAUGUGGCAGCUGUGGCGGCGGUACCCACAAAACCAAGUUCCUGGUGUAGAGGUGGCAAUGAUGUAAAUUGUGGCAAUUGGGACUCAGUGGCAGCUGCCGCAGCAGCAGUUUCUUUGUCAGUGCUGUGGUGUCAUUCCCCUCCCUCCUGGGAAGCACCGAGCUUCAUCCUCUAGCUUUCGAAUGACUGAGAGCUUCUGGUCCUUUUAACAAUCCCUAUCCCCUUUUUGGCUUAAUUGUCCAGGCAGUGUCAGAACACCAACCUAUGCUGAAUCAGUUUCUGUGCUAGACUCUUUCAAGCCUAUUUAUCAAUUUUUAUCCAGACAACCCUAAGGUAGGAACUAUUACUGUCCCCUUUUUAACCAAUGAAGUAACAGGGUCUGAGUUCUUCCUUGCCUAGUCACAUAGCUAGUAAGGGUCAGAGCUGGGACUUAGAGCCAUGUAAGCUGUCUCCAGGGCUCUCACAUGUGACCCUUGUGCUCAUUUGCCUUCCACUCUGUUAGGUCCAACAGAAUGGCUGUCAAUAUCUCUGAGAACCAAGUCAGAAACUGACAGGUGGUGGGAGAUGGGGUGUGGAAGAGGAGACAUUCAGCUGGAUGCUCACGAUCUGAGCCUGGCUGCCAAGUUCAUGCUGUGCUCCACCUCACCUGCCCCUGUAUGUUUGGCAAGCCCAAGGCCACGAGCCCAGGCCUUGGACAGGAUUGGGAGCUGGUGCCAGUUUGGUGACCACAGCUUUCCAUCCACAGGAAACAACAUGGGCACAUAACCUCAUGAAUUCAGAACACCCUGCACUUGUAGGGGUGGAUCAUGUUUCUUUAUUUUAGUGGAAAGUGGCUUCUUUUUCACAAACCUGUGGCUGGCUCAUGAUCUACUUGUUAGCUUUUCAAUUUGUGAAUAAA